CUUCAGAAACCAAUACAAUAUUUUGAGGAGAAUGAUGUUUUUUAUAAUAUGCUGGAAUACGAGUUUGAUUUCAAUAACGAGAAAGGAAAAGAGGCAGUCUCAUCAGUACGUCAUUUUUAUAUUGGUGAUAAAGAAGUUAACGAAGAUCUGAAAUGGAAAAUAGUUAACUUUACUUCGGACAUCACAUUCAAUUAUCCUGCAUAUAGAGAUAUGGAUAAAUUUAUACAAAAUGGCGCCGAAAAGGUCUAUUACUAUAUAUUUGCGUACACGAGCUCGUCAAACUUAUAUAAGAAACUAUUGAAUAUAUCUGUUGGAAGAUCUAUUCAUGGGGAUGAAUUGGCGUACCUUUUUGAAACCAACUCAAUACCUCCUCUAUCUGCUCCAGAUAGAAUUAUAAUGGAAAGGAUGACGACUAUGUGGACGAAUUUUGCUAAAUACGGGAAUCCAACACCCGACAAAAGUGAAAUGUUACCAGUACUAUGGCUUCCAAUAAGCAAAGAUAGUAGAAAUUACCUCCUCAUUGAUCUAGACGAAGAAAUGGGUAAAGAUCUGUACAAAGAUCGCAUCGAUUUCUGGGAUACAUUUUAUGAAACCUACAAACCAUUUAUGAGACCGAAUAAGAGCUUUGUUAAUUUAUUAUUAUAAAAAUAAAUUCUGGUCUACGAAACAUUAAAGAAGUUAUGUCUUGGAUAACACAUUCCAAUAUCGCAUAUAAAUUCGUUUUAAACUACA